AUCCUUGGCAGAACAACUCGAGCAGGCGUCAAGUGAACUACCCCGACGAUUGAUUCGAAUCGAUAAUUACGAAACAAGUGUUUAUAAUUUAAAUUAAUAAGUAAUUUAUAUUUUGGAAUACAAAUUGAAAGAAAAAUGGUUUACGAAAACGGAUUUACAACCCGCAGAUCUUACUCUUCGAGACCGGUCACCACAUCGUAUGCCGUGACGAAAACAAAUAGAACACCAAUUGACUGGGAGAAAGUUCCUUUUGUACCUCGAGCCUCACUUGUCCCAAAUCCGGUGACAGCUUUCGGAAUUCAACGACGGGACCAGGAUCAACGAAAACCAUCUAUACUAAUUCCGGCUAAUCAGGCUGCUAUUAGGCCAAACAAUAAAAUUCUUCAUCAGCCAAUCGACCCCUACGUAUCAACGCGAGAUAAAAACCGUUCGCGCAUUCGGGGCUUAAUAAGAGAGCAUAUUGAUACUCAGGAAAUGGACGCAAAUAGAGCAGCUCGCACUUCUCGCGUUAACAUCGACGCAUUUUUUUAUUUACAGCGCGCAGCAUUGAAUAACCUUCCAGUGCAACGCGAAACUUAUCGAAAUGAAAGGUCUGGCGCUGUCGUUUCAAAAUAUUAUUACUAAGUACUUACAAAAAUAUUUGAGGGUUUAACCAUGAAACCGGCAAUUCAAAUCGAAAUAUAAACGACAAUAAUCUAGAGCUACUUAAUUUUCAUUAAAGUAAUUUCCUAUUGCUUAUUACAGUUAUAUUACAUUUUUUCUUAUUUUUAUUUACAUAAUUGUGAAUUUUUUUUGAAUUAUAUUUAAAGUUGAAGUUUUGAAAUAUAUCUUGUAUUGUUCUAUUCGUCUUAUACUCGUAUUUAGAAAAAGAAACUUAUGAAUUAUUUUAAGCUUCAUUUACACGAACAUGUUUCAAUUUCCUUUCAUUAGACUUAGAAUUUCGUGAGCGAAUACAUGCUCAAAUGUAUUAUGUAUAAAUAGUAUAUAGCAAUAUUAUAUAGCAUGCCCAAACAUUAUUUCAAUACAAAUAACUUAUUGACUAUAAUUACAAACAAAAAAACUAGACAUUUAAUAUGAAGUAAUAAAGCAGAUAAAAUUACAUUUGGUGGUGAACCCAAUUCGCAAAUCGAAACAUAAAA